GAUCGCCGUCGAACGCUCUCCCAUCCGGGGCAGAGGCCGCCCGACCGCCGCUAACGACUGCCAGUGAGUCCCCGGCGUCCGCGGCCGACGGACCUUCUCUCCUUUUCCGUCGAGUUCCCGGUAUCUUGGGUCCUCUCUCGUGCUCUACCUCCGCGCACCGGCCGAGGUACCGAUAUAGCAGCGAGCACCGGCACUCGCGCGUCAGAGAGAGCGCGGCCGCGACGCGAGACGGAUCCGCGCGCCAAGCGCUGACCGAGACCUAACCUCUUCGCGGCGCCCCUCGUCGUCGGCGCCAUGAGCGUCCCCGGCAAGGAGGUGAAAAACGGCACCUACGAGUUCAACGAUUACAUGCGAGCACCCGACUCCAGGAAUCGCUGGGAGAUCUUGCAGGACGCACUCUACAACAAGAAGGAGGGGACCUACUGCGGCCGCAGCGGCAAGCAAUGGGGUAUCACGGCCGUUUUUUACUGCGUGUUCUUCAGCUGCCUGGCCGUCUUCUUCGCGAUAUGCAUGAAGGGACUCCUGGCAACUCUCAACGAGGAGAAACCCAGAUGGAUCCUCGACAGCAGCAUCAUAGGGACUAAUCCAGGUCUGGGCUUCCGGCCGGUAUCCGACAACGAAAAAGAGGGAGCCCUGAUAUGGUACAGCGCCUCCAACGCUACCCAAGUACAGAGGUGGACGGGAUUUCUGGACACCUUUCUCAGCGAUUAUAUAAAUUCUACCCGGCUACCGACCGGUGGUCGCAACCAACAGAUCUGCAGCUACACACAGGCGGCAAAACCCGGAAACGUUUGUGCAGUAAAUGUUAACGACUGGGGCCCUUGUUCUCCUCAGGAAGGGUAUGGCUACAACAACUCCGCGCCCUGUGUCUUCGUCAAGUUGAAUCGGAUAUACGGAUGGGAGCCGGAUUGUUACAACGAUAGUAAAGACUUGCCGAGCGAAAUGCCCGAGAGCCUCGUAAGGCACAUUCAGACGGCUGAUAAAUCAUGGCUGAACACGAUAUGGGUGUCUUGCCAAGGUGAAAACCCACAUGACAGAGAAGUCAUCGGAGAACUGGAAUACUAUCCAAAAAGCCAAGGGUUCCCUAGUUUCUAUUAUCCGUAUGUAAAUACGCCGGGAUACCUCAGUCCCAUUGUAGCCGUUCACUUCCUUCGACCCAAGAGAAGCGUAAUAAUCAACGUGGAGUGUCGAGCCUGGGCGAAGAACAUCGUCUACAGCAACAUCAAGAUGGAGAAAAAAGGCGCGAUUCACUUCGAACUGAUGAUAGACGAUUAAAAGGCGUCGUCGUGUCUGGCCGAUCUCUUGCACGAGUACUUCUUAAUCAUCGUGGCUAUACUUAGUAGGACGAGUGAUAAUUCGCGGAGGAAAUUACGAAAAGACGGUAAAAGGAGUGAUCGAUAUCGAGCCGUCUGAUCCCUUGCCCAUCGGAGAGGGAAAAAGCACCAGGAGAAAUUAUAGGGAUAUUUGCGACGGAGCGACACUCCCUUCCUUGGAGUAAUUUUAGAUAGUCGCAUGACAAGCUUUUCGGUUUCACGAUAACGCCAUCCUUCGAGGAGGGAGAAUGUUUAGGAAGGAUUACUCGCGUUCACGGUUGCCUUUAAGCGUUAAAUGUUCUACGUACAAAAUGAGUCGGUCUCUCGGCGAGACUCGGCGGGUAGAAAUUCGUUUCUAGCUUGUCUCUUGAUUACGUAAGGACAGAUUAUAGAGAGAUAGUAAGUUACUCGGUCAAUGUACAGUACGCAGUGACGACACUGAAUUGUAUUAUAGUUUGUAUAAUUACUGCUAAUCGUGCUCGUAAUUUCAGGCCCGAAUGGUCGCCCAUCAGGUUUGAUCGUUGGGACGUGAGAUUGCGACGUGAAGAAUUUCGGACGUUCUCUUGCGAUUCUAUUUGUCGGAUUUGUCGGAUGAGCCAAGAUUUGACAAGUAUUUCUGCCGUCUUAUAGAUACAUUAUGGAAAAGUCUAUUGUUCAAUGUUAAUUUAUUACGAAGAAAUGUAUCGUAUUAGAUUUCGAUAGAAUAGGUGUUAAAGUCACACGUAAGCUUAAAGUCGUGCCAUGGGAAGUCCAAUACGACUUGCGUACACUUAAACUGCUCUGAAUAUAUAAAAGAAAGAUAUAUUUUUCUUAACAAAUCCGAAACUGCUAUAUUUUUAUAAGGUUAAACCGACAUAAUGAACGCACAAUUUUAUCAGUCACAAGUGAUAAGUAGUAAAGGAAAGGAUAGGGCCUUAGAAAAUGACAAUUCGUACGUUUUGGUCUUCGCUACACUUAUCUUUUUCGUUUCUAUAUAACUCAUAAGAUUCAUCAGUCAAAAUUUAUCAAGAACAAAGGAUGUGACGUUGAAACCUUGCACGUUAAAUACUGCCAAAUAGUCUAUAUAAAAUUUGUACUACAAGAUUCCUCUCAAAUGUAGGAAAGAAUCCAACCGAAUGUUUGCAUUUGAUUGUUUUCUUGUCAGGUGUGAAUGACACAGAGAAUCCUGGAAAUGAGAAUGUACUGUUAAUAUUAGGUAACCAAAAAGAAAUUCACGGGGUCAUUUUGCCGCCGCAAGGCUUACCGAAAAAUCCGUUUUGCUUACGUAAUACUUUCUUGUUAAAUUACCGCGUGUCGGAUCUGCUCCCAUGACGGUCUGUGAUGAUGCGCUCGUUUAAAAUCACUAAAAAGAAUCAUCGACGAGUCAUUAAACCCGCGAUCGUUUUCCCAAUUCCGACGCAGCUAGCACGUGCCGUAACUUCAAACGUUCAUUCGUAUUUAUACGUAUAUAUACAUGGUAAUUUUAAGCGUGCAUGAAAAUACAUACAUGGCAUAUCUCGAUUAUGUUACUCGACUCGUGUACAUGUAAUUUAACCGAAUCUGUACUUACCGGCCGCGCGGUCGGUUUAGCCAUGAAAGAGGAAAACUUUAUGCGACCCACCCAGAAGCGUUUUCGGGGACAUUUUUUAACCAUAGAUAGUUUAAGUCAACUAGCCCUUAACGAGUUGGUUUUAAUACAUGCAGUAGCGUUUGAUGUGUUAUACGUAAUAACAAUACAGAGAUGAGCAAUCUCUGGUAAUAAGAAUAACGAUUGAUAUCAAUCGACCAAUUCGUUGGAAGUACCGCGAUUGAUGUGACGACGUGUAGCGAAGAUGUUUUCUGUUACAAUACUUAAUAUUCCAAGAGCCCCUGAAGGGUUUAAAAAGAAAAAAGCAAUAUUUUGCAAAAGCCGCAUCUUCUUGAAGGUAUAAAGAAAUUAAUUUCCAUAACACAAAACGACGUGAUGGCAACCAAAUAAAAUUUAUCCAUGGCUAGGAAA